GUGGCAAUCACACGAUGAUUUUUCUCAACCAACCACAAAGACAUUGGCACCCUUUAUUUAGUAUUUGGUGCCUGAGCCGGAAUAGUCGGCACCGCCCUUAGCCUCUUGAUCCGGGCAGAGUUAAGCCAACCCGGAGCUCUUCUAGGGGAUGACCAGAUCUAUAACGUAAUCGUAACAGCCCAUGCCUUCGUUAUGAUUUUCUUUAUAGUCAUACCAAUUAUGAUCGGGGGCUUUGGAAACUGAUUAAUCCCUCUAAUAAUUGGGGCCCCAGACAUAGCAUUCCCUCGAAUAAAUAACAUAAGCUUCUGACUCCUCCCACCGUCCUUUCUCCUUCUCCUGGCUUCGUCAGGGGUUGAAGCUGGCGCCGGUACGGGAUGGACAGUCUACCCCCCUUUAGCCGGGAACCUCGCCCACGCAGGGGCCUCCGUUGAUUUAACUAUCUUCUCCCUUCAUUUAGCUGGCAUUUCCUCAAUUUUAGGGGCCAUUAACUUUAUCACAACCAUUAUUAACAUGAAGCCCCCAGCUAUUUCUCAAUAUCAAACCCCGCUUUUUGUUUGAGCUGUGUUAGUUACUGCUGUCCUUUUAUUACUUUCCCUCCCCGUUCUAGCAGCAGGCAUUACUAUGUUACUCACGGACCGAAAUCUAAACACCACUUUCUUUGACCCGGCAGGCGGAGGGGACCCAAUUUUAUACCAACACCUCUUUUGAUUCUUUGGUCACCCGGAGGUCUAUAUUCUUAUUCUCCCAGGCUUUGGUAUGAUUUCCCACAUCGUUGCAUACUAUUCCGGUAAAAAAGAACCCUUCGGGUAUAUAGGAAUAGUCUGAGCUAUAAUAGCCAUCGGACUCCUAGGAUUCAUCGUUUGGGCCCACCAUAUGUUUACUGUCGGAAUAGAUGUAGACACUCGUGCCUACUUUACAUCUGCCACCAUAAUCAUCGCCAUCCCCACCGGAGUAAAAGUAUUUAGCUGACUAGCCACACUACACGGCGGCUCAAUUAAAUGAGAAACACCGCUUCUUUGAGCCCUGGGGUUUAUUUUCCUAUUUACGGUCGGGGGACUCACGGGCAUUGUCCUUGCUAAUUCCUCAUUAGACAUUGUUCUCCACGACACUUAUUAUGUGGUCGCCCACUUUCACUAUGUAUUAUCUAUAGGAGCUGUCUUUGCCAUUAUAGGUGCUUUCGUACACUGAUUCCCACUAUUUACGGGAUAUACCCUCCACAGCACAUGAACUAAAAUCCACUUUGGAAUUAUAUUUAUCGGUGUAAAUUUAACCUUUUUCCCGCAGCAUUUCCUAGGCCUCGCAGGAAUGCCCCGACGGUACUCUGACUAUCCGGACGCCUACACACUAUGAAACACUGUGUCCUCAAUUGGGUCUCUUAUCUCCUUAGUAGCUGUAAUUAUAUUCCUAUUUAUUCUUUGAGAGGCUUUUGCCGCCAAACGAGAAGUAGCGUCAAUCGAAAUAACUUCAACAAACGUAGAGUGACUGCAUGGAUGUCCCCCACCCUACCACACAUUUGAAGAGCCCGCAUUUGUUCAAGUACAAGCAAACUAA